AGGCGUAAUCUGCGAGUGAACGCGCAUCCGUGCGCGAGCACAGCUUUCAGCACCAAGGACAGCGGCGCUCACAGAGCAUCAGGUCACCCGGACCCGCUGCGUACGUGAGAAACCGCGACUGUGAUUUAAUCACGGCAACAACUGAAGAAGUGGCUUUUUCAACACAGACGACAUAAGCAAUAAUACAAAACUUGAUUUUGGCACGUUCACCUGCAUGGGAGAGAGAGUGAAAAUCUGUCAGACGACUAUCAACAGGAGCGAGCACAAUUUCUACAAAUGCGUGUUGACAUGGGUUUCCAGCACAUGAACGCGUUUAAUGAUCAGCCUCGAUGAAUUAAGCGCAUUCCUCAGCAGAGUAGAUUGAGGUGAUUACAUUCCAGUGCUACUGGAGAGGACGCCUGCGAGGACAUCCGUCUAAUCCACGGACAUCGACACACAUCCUUCACAAGACGCUCGGUUUGACUCCUCUGCGAUCCGGAGCAAAAUGCGUCUGGUUCUGUUCGCCUUUCUCAUCUCGUGCUCCUGUGCGAGAGGUGGAUGCGAACCGAAGACUGUGAAUAUCGGGGCUGUCCUGAGCCAGAAGAGAUAUGAACAAGUGUUCAAAGAUGCUGUCAGUCAAGCCAACAAUAUAUACGGCAAAGAUAAGUUCAAGAUGAACGCUAUUUCAGUCACUCAUAAAUCAAAUGCGAUCCAGAUGGCACUGUCCGUUUGUGAAGACCUCAUCUCCAACCAGGUUUAUGCGAUCUUGGUGAGCCACCCACCUCAGUCCAAUGACCAUCUGACCCCCACACCAGUGUCGUACACAGCCGGUUUUUAUCGUAUACCAGUGGUGGGCCUCACAACACGCAUGUCCAUCUAUUCAGAUAAGAGUAUCCACCUCUCCUUCCUGCGCACGGUACCGCCCUACUCUCACCAAGCCCAGGUGUGGUUCGACAUGAUGCGCGAGUUCCAGUGGAAUCACAUCAUUCUGAUCGUGAGUGAUGACCACGAGGGAAGAGCAGCACAGAAAAGACUGGAGACCCUGCUGGAGGAGAGGGAGACGAAGAAUAAAAACAGGAACUAUGAAAACCUCGACCAACUGUCCUUUGACAACAAGCGAGGACCCAAGGCAGAGAAAGUGCUCCUGUUCAGUCAAGAAACAAAUCUGACGGCUCUGCUCAAGGAAGCCAAGGAGCUGGAGGCUCGAGUUAUCAUCCUUUCCGCAAGUGAAGACGAGGCGGCGGCCAUUUACAAAGCGGCGCGCCAGCUCAACAUGACAGGCUCUGGUUACGUGUGGUUGGUUGGAGAAAGGGAGAUGUCUGGUAAAGCACUGAGUGAAGCCCCAGAUGGCUUGCUCGGCCUUCAGCUUAUCAAUGGCAAGAACGAGUCUGCGCACAUCUACGAUGCCGUGGCUGUGGUGGCCCAGUCCAUCCAGGAGCUCUUUGAGAAGGAGAAUAUCACAGAGCCUCCACGAGGUUGUGUUGGCAAUACAAACAUCUGGAAGACUGGCCCACUCUUCAAACGAGUUCUGAUGUCAUCCAAGUAUCCAGAUGGUCUGACAGGCCGAGUGGAGUUCAAUGAUGACGGAGACAGGAGGUUCGCCCACUACAGCAUUCAGAACUACCAGAAAACCAGAUUGGUGCAAGUGGGCGUCUACAAUGGCUCGCAAGUUGUAAUGAACACGCAAAAGAAGAUUAUCUGGCCGGGAGGAGAAACUGAAAAGCCGAAAGGCUAUCAGAUGUCAACAAGAUUAAAGAUAGUCACCAUUCAUCAAGAGCCCUUUGUCUAUGUGAAACCGACUCUACAUGAUGGAACUUGUAAGGAAGAACACACAGUAAAUGGAGUCCUGAUCAAAAAAGUGAUCUGCACUGGCCCUAAUGAGACCAUUCCAGGUCGCCCCAUAGUACCUCAGUGCUGCUAUGGGUUCUGCAUUGACCUCUUGAUCAAACUUGCCAUGACAAUGAACUUCACCUAUGAGGUGCAUCUAGUAGCGGAUGGAAAAUUUGGCACCCAGGAGCGGGUAAAUAACAGCAACAAGAAGGAGUGGAAUGGCAUGAUGGGAGAACUCCUGAGUGGUUUGGCAGACAUGAUCGUGGCUCCACUUACAAUUAACAAUGAACGAGCCCAGUACAUUGAGUUCUCGAAACCGUUCAAGUAUCAGGGGCUUACAAUCCUUGUCAAAAAGGAAAUUCCACGCAGUACACUGGACUCGUUCAUGCAGCCUUUUCAGAGCACUCUGUGGUUACUGGUGGGUCUAUCGGUCCAUGUUGUGGCGGUGAUGCUCUACCUAUUAGACCGUUUCAGCCCAUUUGGAAGGUUUAAAGUAAAUAGUGAAGAGGAGGAAGAAGAUGCCCUCACCUUAUCUUCUGCGAUGUGGUUCUCCUGGGGCGUGCUACUGAACUCCGGCAUUGGAGAAGGUGCCCCGCGGAGCUUUUCGGCAAGGAUUUUAGGUAUGGUGUGGGCUGGUUUCGCUAUGAUUAUAGUUGCAUCUUAUACUGCCAAUUUGGCAGCCUUCCUAGUGCUGGAUCGGCCUGAGGAGCGCAUUACCGGCAUCAACGACCCUAGGCUGCGAAACCCAUCAGACAAAUUCAUCUACGCCACAGUGAAGCAGAGCUCUGUGGACAUCUACUUCCGGCGCCAGGUUGAGCUGAGCACCAUGUACCGCCACAUGGAAAAGCACAACUACGAGAGCGCCGCGGAAGCCAUCCAGGCCGUGCGAGACAACAAACUCCACGCGUUUAUAUGGGAUUCAGCCGUGUUGGAGUUUGAGGCCUCGCAAAAAUGCGACCUGGUCACCACAGGUGAGCUGUUCUUCCGCUCUGGAUUCGGUAUUGGCAUGCGUAAAGACAGCCCAUGGAAGCAAAAUGUCUCACUGGCCAUUCUCAGCUCCCAUGAAAAUGGCUUUAUGGAGGACUUGGAUAAAACCUGGGUCCGUUAUCAGGAGUGUGACUCCAGAAGCAAUGCACCGGCCACGCUCACUUUUGAGAAUAUGGCAGGCGUGUUUAUGUUGGUGGCUGGUGGCAUCGUUGCCGGGAUCUUCCUUAUCUUCAUCGAAAUCGCCUAUAAGCGACACAAGGAUGCUCGUAGGAAGCAGAUGCAGCUGGCCUUUGCAGCGGUUAAUGUCUGGAGGAAGAACCUACAGGAUAGAAAAAGUGGUAGAGCAGAGCCCGACCCCAAAACGAAAGCCUCUUUUAGGUCCAUCAGUACCAACUUGGCCUCCAACAUCAAGCGACGUAGGUCGUCCAAAGACACGCCAUAUCCCACGGAUAUAACCGGCCAGCUCAACCUUUCAGACCCCUCAGUGAGCACAGUGGUGUGAACGUGAACAGAGGAGAGAGAGAGAAUUUGACAGGCAGAAAGAGAGACUUGCAGGCUGUGAGGCAGGAGAAUCUGGCUGGUUGGCUCUGAAACAAACCUGCUGUUCCAUAGCUGCUGCUUCGUCCCCCACCUGAGCCAACAGCACCUUCAUUCAAACAAAAACUCUCAGCAUUCAUGUAAACAGACUGGACAUGAAACUCUUAUGGACACACUGUGCCAAAUUGGAGCAAAUUCGCACUGCCACACGGUUGAUCUUACCCCGACCAAUAAAAACACACACAGACAAAAACAUAAAAUACACACACAAAGUGCUUCACUUUUUAGAAUCUUUUGCACAUAUCUGAAGACGUUUUGUGAAAUAUGUAAAUAUACAUUUAGAGUUCUGUUACACCACAUUGGGUCAGCAUCAGACUAAAUAAUGAUCUGUUUAUUUUUACAUUUUAUUAAUGCAGACAUAAUUAUGUUACAUGCAUAUGUAUUAUGUCUUUCUACCUCCACCGAAGAUAUAUGUAGCUUAUCUCAACACUGAAUUGUGGUAGUUGUGGUGCUUUCUCAUUCGAAAGGCAAAUUGUUAGUGCACACGUAUAAAUAUAAACUCGUCAUGUAUUUAGAAUAGACAAUGGAAAGGUUAGGUUGGAACUAUGAAUAAUACUGUAAGUUUAAAGUUGGCACAUUUUGAUCAUUGUUGCACUCUGUACACAUGUCCUCUCUCUUUACUGCCGUUACAAAACACACAUGCCAGAAGUGGUCGAACAUACUGUGGAUUUUUGACUUUCUUUUUUUUCUCUACUAUAUUUAUUCUUUUGUUUAGAUUUUUACCUUUUGUAAAGAGAAAAUGACUCGAUUUUUGAAUGAUAAAUAUCUGGAAAUUGGCAAAUAAUAUGGGGUCAAUCAAGACAGGGGCUAUAUGUAGCACAUCUGACCUUGUUUAUAAACAAACCUUUCUUGUAAAACUGUAAAAAUAUCAAGCAGGAUUAUUGGGUAAUGCUAAAGAGUGGCGUAAAUGUAAUGAAGCAGCUAUUAUUACAGGAUCUUUUGAGCUGUUUUACAGUUUCACCUGCUUAAAAUUCCCUGUAAUAAUUUUUGUCACUGUGUAAAGUUGGUAGCAUCCUCCAGCUACAAAGCGAACCGUUCUUUGCAUUAUAUGUAUUUCACUAUGUCAUCAUAUGAUAUAUAGCAGUAGUUUAUUUGGUCUGUAUGUAAUAAUAACACUAGAUGCAAUUUCCAUUGUUUGUGUCCUAUCAGCGUUUACUCUGUGGGCUAGUUACAUGGAUAAUUGAUAAAACAGUUGUCUAUUUCGGUGGACCUUUAAAAGCAUAAUGACCAAUAAUAGGUUAAUAAAAGCUUUGGAACACUAUAUAUGUUUGACAUAAGCAAACAAUUGCAAGGUUUGGUAUCUAUUCUGAAAGAUUUAGAACGUUAUCUAUCGUACUGUAACUGUUGUUAAUUUUAUAUGGAAAUGAAUAUAUGUUUAAGAGAAAAGUGGAGAUGUUUUUGCUGACAAUAUUAUUCCGCUCGGUUGGGUUAAAAAAAGUCCAAUGUUACUGUGAACUGCUUUAUGUAAAAGUCAAUCAUGUUAUGAAAUGCAUACCUGCAGAUUCUCUGUAGAUUCAUAAAUAACAAAUAAGACCCAAACAGAAAAAUAUGUUGUUAACACUGCCAUGUGCCAUAAUGUAAAAGAAAAUAUUUUCCUGUAAUUGGAAUUGUAAGAUUUCCAACAUUAAGUGUGCAAGCACGAUGUCACCAAGAAUGGUGUUGUUUGGUUGGGAUGAAGGUCAAUUUAAAGACAAACUUGGCUUGAACACCUUUUCCACAAACAAAGAAAUGUAACCAGGCCUGUUCACUGUUGUAUACAAAACAACUUUUUUUUCUUCUAUUUAUUUAAAAUAUUGUAAGGUGGUUUAAAUCUGCUUUGACCAUGUUUUCUAACACCAAGUGUGCUUUUGACGUUCCACCAAUACUGUCUGUGACAAAAGCUGAACGGAAACAAAGCUACAUGUUUAAAAAUGUAUAACUGCUAUACUCCAGUGUGCCAAUAAAAUAUAUAUCAAAUGGAAAAAUGAAA